GUCGAAUGUAUCAGCAUACAUUUGUUGUUUUUGCAACCGUUCGUAUGAAAUUUAUCCCAAGAUGUUGGCGAACAUUCGAACCAUUUAUUGCUUUUUAUUCAUUGCAAGUUUCACUUAUUCUAGUGCACUUGCCGAAAGUACAUAUUUGGGAUUAAUCGGAGAUGCGUUGCAACCCUGUUUCCAAUCUGUAGACAGUUCUACUGAUGGUGGCGAAAUUGUAUGUGCAUUGGAUUGCACGUUUUCCAAAUUGAAAUUGUAUGAUACCAAGUACGACAAUGGCAUACUGCAUAAUGAGUGCAGCAAACCUAAUUCAAACGAGCGCAACGAACGCAUUUACGAACUAAUUGGAACUGAAAUUUUGAAGGCAAUCAAGACCGGUCGUACGGACUUCGUAAGGCCUGACUCCUCUUCAAGCCCAUUCAUGAAAUUGGUCGAAACAGCCGCUCAAACAUGUGAUUCAAAGUUUAAUAUGGGAAGCAACCAUUUUGCCUGGAUACUCAUCCCAAGUCCAUUGAAAUGGUUGCAAGAAAUUGGAAGUAAGGUGUGUUCGUUUCAUUGCAUGUUUGAGGAGCUGAAAAUUAUUGACGGAAACGAACUUACAAAUGGUCUACAACGCUGGUUGUUGGAGCGGGGAGUUAGUGCCGAUCAUAUUCAAGAGGCGAAUAACCAAAUAAAAGCUUUCAAGGAUAAUUAUGAGAAAACAUGCAAAUCCCACUGAAAUAUCUGGUCGAGUCUUUGAUUCUGCUGAUGUUUUUUUUUAUGUUUUAAAAUUGGACUACCAAUUGUAUUCAACAUAUUUCGACCAUUUCAUAUAAUAGUUGAAUAUCCCCAUCAAAAGAUGAACACGGCAACAAAACUGAUUCAAAUGUUUUUUUUUAUUUGUACGAUAUUCAAUAAAAAAAAAAAUAUUCUUUUAUCCUCCUGAAAAAA